AUGGAGAGUAUUCAACAACCAAAUGUGAGCACGCGUUUGCUAACGAGUGUGACCAGCGUUGUAGAUGACGCAGCAGUACAUGCAGCCGCGUUCUCGCCGCCGCAGGAGCAACCGGAGAGGUCAGAUGAACCCCCAAGGCUCGUGUCUGAGCCGGCGCAACGCUCACCAUCACCGGCGUCCAGCGAUUCUGCGCCCAGCAACGACGAUUUCCCGCCUUCCUUAAGCGGCGACCUACCCGCAGCGCUCUCCUCCAUCAUCUCCUCCCACGAGGCGUCGUUUUACGGCAGCCUUAUGCUGAACCGGGAAACCAACCUGGAUGAGCUGGAGGGCUGCACGAAUCACACUGAGCGUGGCUGCAUUGAGACGGCUACCGGUGCGGCAGCAGAGAAGUAUGCAUACGAGCAACGUCCUCCAGUCGAGGCGCACCUCUCUACACCCAGACACACGCUAGCUCAGAGCUCUGUGGAUUGGACAGGGGACGAAAAGGAAGUUGUACUUGGUGCAGUGGCAGAGACUGCCUCAUCGAGUGCCACGGCGAAGACAGCGAAGUCAGAAGUGGUAGCAACGCGCCUUUACAGCGUUGGCGUCGAGGAGCCCAGCUGCAGCGGCCGGCAGCCGCAGACGCACCACUGUCGCCUAGCGUCUCAAGCUGGGGAUGUGAAAACACUCACAGAGCUCCUGGACUGGCGCACGCACCUUUCUGCUUGGCAGCAGUCUCUGGACGCGCAUGAGGAUCACAAUACUGAUGACGACGGCGCUCUAAAAGACACGUGCAGCGAUCAGGCAGGCCACGUGUACCCCGUUGGACCUAUGAGCAGAGAGAGAGCGCCGGCGUCGACGCGACCUACUAUGAAAGUAGCGGAGGCGUUGGAAGGCUCGCAAGCGCCUCCACGCGGAGCUUCUUUGCAGUGCUGCCAUGUUGGCCUUCACGGGACCCCAGCAACUUCGUCUUCCCCGAGCACACCCGCGAUUACACCAGCGGAGAGUAAUGCCGCUGGUGGGGACAGCAUGGCGGUAGCCCAACACCCUCGCAGCCGACAAAGCCACGCCUUCAGCGACGCAGCCAGCCAGACGGAGCUGACUGAUGCCUUCUUUGCCACCAAGAUAUCCUUGAACGCCUCCCCCCUUCAGCCUCGCAGCCCGGCGCAGAUGGAGGAGGGGCACCCCCGGCACGCACAGCCGCAUGCUCAUUUAGCGCCGCACUUCUCGUACGAAAACCCCGUCACACGAGUGCCACCCAUUCCUCACGCUACGAUCACCGACGCCCGGGUCGUGAGAGACGGGGGGAGAACGAGCAAAAGCGGCAGACCAAGCGGUGCCGGAUCGCCAACGUCGCCAUCAUCGUGGCGUCUGGAAGGCACUGAAGUCGAGGGCCACACUUCCCCAGGCAGCACCCAGCACAGGUCGCCUUUCAGUCACUCCCCGUUCUUGCACGGACUUGAACGCCGAUCAUGGGCGCGUAGCUCUCUGCCACCACCGGCGAACAACCCCGUUCUCCUCCAUUCUACGCCACCAGGCGGCUUUGACGGCUAUCGAGCCCGCGACAGCUGGAACAGCCCUCGCCCCGGAAACGGUAAGAUCGCAAUCAGCAGUAUUGGCAUCCCGCGUCAGCUCUCCCACGAUGUGUCGUCCUUGCAAGCGACGCCACGUACGCCGGAACCCUGGCGCCACAAGACCAAGGCCAUGCUUCCCACAGGGAAGCCGGGGAAGGAUCUGAUAGCGGAAGAUGAGUAUCCCGUCUUCGCAGUACCAGUCGAUGAAGAAACGAACAAGGCUGUGGUGGCGUUCGUCUCUGGGGUUAUCCUGCUUAUAUGUCUUGUGUUUAUAUGUGCCAUGUGA